AUGUUUUCGUUUGCGGCAAAUGGCAGAAUAAUCCCGCCUGACAUUAUUCUUGCACGUAAAAGAUUAGACCUUGAAACCUUGCGAUGCUUUCCCAGUGACUGGGGACUGGGGAAAUCGGAGAAUGGAUGGAUGGAUACGCAUAACUUCGUGCUCUACAUCAAAAAAAUAUUGCAUCCAGCUCUCGUCAAGAGUAAUACUACAUUUCCCAUAAUAUACUUUGUAGAUGGUCAUAGUUCCCAUGUCGCGUUGGAGGCCGCAGAUAUGUGCCAGCAAUUGGGGAUAGUGUUGAUCGCCUUAUACCCCAAUGCGACACGCAUUUUACAACCUGCUGAUGUGGCUAUCUUUGGUCCGUUGAAAAGCAGCUGGGGAAAAGUAGUGGAUCUAUGGCGAUCAAACCAUCCAACCGAACGGAUGUCGCUAGCUACAUGUGGACAAUUGCUCCAAGAAGCAAUGAAUAAAGCAUUGAAACAAUCGACUAUCAUGAACGGAUUUUCGGCGUGUGGAUUAUAUCCCUUUAAUCCAGAUGCCAUUAACUAUUCUAAAUGCAUCGGAAAAAGUUCGGAUGCUAAUCCAUAUGAUCUUGAAAUCACCAACGGAAUGGUAGAAAGCGAUCAGCGGGAACAUUCGCACUUGCGACGGGUGGCAGUCCUUGGUGGUGAAUGCAGUCAGCAGCAGAUCCUCGAACGGCAUACGGGUGGGGUAUUGAAGAAGCAAUUGUUCUUGGAGGCGCUGUAG